AUGCAACGGGACCCCAGGCAGAAAGCUAGGAGAGCAGCGACCUGUGCCAGCCACGAGGAAGAGGGCAGAAAAAAAGCCAUUGUCGAGUUGCAUGUGGAUUGGACAAGCGAGACGCUCCUCAGCACCGCAAUUGCUUCUCGACAUUGCGCCGCGGCCGCAGGCGAAGACGAGGCGAGAAGCACGAUGACGAUGGUUAACGCACAGCUGGUGCCGCAAGCAGGCGUGUUUCAGCACGGUACUCCCCAGCGAAGAGAUACGUGCCGCGUUACGGCCACCGCCAGCGCCAAAUCAGCCGAAGCAAGUUCUCGUGGCGGACGGCUCUCCUGGACUGGUCACACUGUGACCGGAGGUCCUGAAACAGCUGGCUCAAGGGAAACGGCUUUGACACCAGACGCUUGUAGGGCUGACCGGGAGAUGACGGAAAACAGCACGCGAAGCACGAGCGAGACGCUGUGCAAGAAGCCCACGAGGGCAGAGACUCUCGGACGGCAACUUACGCGCCGCCCUGACGUCUUUGUCGUCCGUGGCUCUGCCAGCCAGAUUUUAUGUACCCGCCCCUACUGCUCGAUCCCUAACCUGGAUUUUACUGACAAACCAAGCAUGUUCGCCUCGGAUGUCUACCCCCAGGGCGAAGUUCUACGGCACAGCUCAUCAGCUUCUCUUUUCCGAAUCGGCAAUAGAAUGGCCCUCUCGCUUGUCCCCGCCGCUGUGUUGUAG